CCAUCUGGUUUUUGUCAUCCUAGGGUUUGGAAAGUUUUUUGGUCUUUGCCUUUGCCUCAUAAAGUCGUUACAUGUUGGUGGCGGUUGUUACGUGAUUCUCUAAGCACUCAGUCAUCUUUACAUCGUCUCCGUCCUCGGCUUUGGCCUUCGCCUACAUGUAAAUUAUGUCCAGCCUCCAUUGAGGAUGACUUUCACUUCGUGGUUGGCAGCCCUAUGAAAUGGUCUUUUUGGUCAGCUGCUUUGUCUCUGUCCUCUCUCUCUCUCAUGUCUUACGGUCUCCUGAAGACGUAUGGCAUGUUUUGCUCAAUUUGAAACUACGAAACGAUAAUACUUUUACAGAGAACUAUACACUAGAAUUAGUAGGCAACAUAUUGGAAACUCUAUGGAAAUAUCACUGGUACACGAUCGUUAAUGUCGAAUCCUGGUCUACUGACAAUUCCUCGGUUACCCUUAAGAUCACUCUACAAAGUGGAGAGUCUUUAUCCCAGCAAGUUACAGGCUAGCUGUCUUGCUGAAACUUUAUAUACCAUAUGUGUACUACUUCACCUUAAUGUUUCCUUUCUCACAUUUAAAUACUUAACUAUUUAUCUACCGCCCUUUUGAAUUCAUAU